GUUUAUCACUGGUACUCAGCUGUCGCAGCUGUCGACCGCUGCGACGGCGUCUUCCAUGUGGCCGCGGCGGUGGACUUCGAGGAGAGAGAGAGCGAGGAGGUGAAGGCCCGGCGCGUCACCAUCGGGACCCGGGCCAUUCUGCAGGCGUGCGGCGCCGUUAAUUCUUCAGCUCGAUCUGGCGCCCCCGCCGCCGCCGACAAGGAGUUGCUGAGGUCGCUACGGAUGUUUGCAGAGGCUUAUGUGGUGACGAAUACGGCGACCGAGAUAUUGCCUCUGGAAUUUGGGGAGAAAAAUGGAUUGGAUGUGGUGGUCGUGAUGCCGUGGUGGGUCGUCGGGCCCUUCAUCUGUCCAUGCUGCCCCAAUUCGAUUCAA